AUGACUAUCAUAGUCUUUCUAAUAGAUACAUCAGCUUCUAUGAACCAAAGAGCUUAUUUGGGCGGACGCCCAACAUUACUCGAUGUAGCCAAGGGCGCUGUGGAAACGUUCGUAAAGGUUCGUCAACGUUCUCCUGAAAGCAGAGGUGACAGAUAUAUGCUUCUAACUUUCGAAGAGCCACCCGCGAACAUCAAGGCAGGAUGGAAGGAAAAUUUAGCUACUUUUAUAAACGAAUUGAAGAAUUUACAAUGUCUCGGUUUGACCACCAUGGGUGCUGCCUUGAAACAUGCCUUCGAUGUUUUGAAUAUAAACCGUAUGCAGACUGGCAUAGAUACAUAUGGACAGGGCAGGUGCCCAUUUUAUUUAGAACCAUCAGUCAUAGUGGUUAUAACGGAUGGCGGAAAAUUAUCAAGUAAUGCUGGCAUUCAGGAAGAGUUUAAUUUGCCAAUGAAUUGCCCUAUACCUGGGUCUGAGUUGACCAGAGAGCCAUUUCGGUGGGACCAAAGACUGUUCUCAUUGGUGCUUCGUUUGGCCGGUACACCUGCAGUUGAGAGAGAUACUGGUCUUGUGCCUUCUGAUUCUUCACCUAUCGACGCCAUGUGUGAAGUCACUGGUGGACGAUCAUAUUGUAUUACGUCGCAUCGAAUGCUCAUGCAAUGCAUCGACAGUCUGGUACAAAAGGUGCAGAGCGGUGUAGUGAUUAAUUUCGAGAAGAUCGGUCCGGACCCGCCUCCUAUAGACGGUGGGAACAAUAGAGAUGGUACUGAACAAACAGAAGAUAUAACACACGAUGUAGAUAAGGAAAUAGAUGGCGAUGGCGAUAGGAAUGGACGAUGGAACGGCGGUCCCUUUCAAACGGGAAUGCCCCCCAACCAAGGCCAAAGUGCGCCUCAAGCAUGGCAUUCUUGUCGUCGUCUUAUCUACGUUCCAAGAACUGUCGCCCAAAAGGGCUUCGCUGUCGGAUUCUGGCCUAUACCCGAGUCUUUUAGACCCGAUCCGAAUGCACCGACUUUGCCGCCUCGAUCAGCUCAUCCUGUGGUGAAAUUCACUUGCUCCAGUCAGGAGCCGAUGGUGAUCGACAAUUUACCUUUCGACAAGUAUGAGCUGGAACCCAGUCCCCUCACGCAGUUCAUACUUGCUAGAAAGCAGCCGACUAUAUGCUGGCAGGUUUUUGUUGCAAAUAGCGGUUGCAAAAACUCUGAGGUCAACCAUCCCUUUGGCUACCUGAAGGCGUCUACGAAUCUGACGUGCGUGAAUCUGUUUGUGCUUCCGUACAAUUACCCGGUAUUGCUGCCUCUGCUCGACGAUCUGUUCAAAGUACACAGAUGCAAGCCAACGCCUGAGUGGAAACUUGCUUUCCAACAGUAUUUGGAUAGAAUGCCAUCAUACUAUGUUGCACCUUUACGCAGAGCGUUAACUAAAAUGGGUGCAUCAGCGCCUCUCCUUCAAAGUUUGAUACCAGAUACCCAAGACAAUUCGCUCAGUUUCUCUGUACUAAACUACUUGAAAAGACUGAAGAACCAAGCUAAGAUUGAGUUUGAGAAACUGUGCGCUGAUGUCAUUAAUAAAGCCUCUAGUAAUAACACACAGAAGAUAGCGGAAAGCGUUAGAGUUAUGCCUCGUUCACCACUAAAGAAAGACUUGAUAACGCAUCCUUGCCUUCAAGACAAGUUUACUGCACUCCGGGAUCAGUUGAACGAAUUUGGAGGUUUCGUGGUUGGUCUGUCUAGAGGACGGCAUAAGACACAAGCGCACACAUAUAGAAACCCCUUCGAUAUACAGAGGCGGGAUCUGCUGGAUCAGGUGGUGAGGAUGAGGGCUAACUUCUUACAACCGUCGUUGGCUCAUACGCGUCUAGUGGACGAAGACAGCGUACACUCUAUGCCAGUCGCGCAGAUGGGCAAUUACCAGGAAUAUCUGAAGCGGAUGACGCCUCAGCUGAGAGAGAUCGAGUCGCAGCCAGUGCGACAACAUAUGUUCGGGAAUCCUUUCAAGAUAGACAAGCGCAUGAUGGUGGACGAGGCGGACGUUGACCCCGUCGGCGCGGCGGUGAGGGGAGCUGGGGGUGGCGGCGGGGGUGGCGGCAAGAGGGGCGCGGAGAGGCCCCCCGCGGCCCCGCCCAAGCGCAAGGCGGGUCCGUUGCCGUUGCACGUGGUGGCCCGCCGGCCGUCCUCGCCCGCCCCCCCGCCGGUCGUCACGCCGCCCCCCGCGAACGUGCUCCCCCCCGCGCCCGCCCUCGCUCUCCUCGCGCCGCUCUCGCCUGCGUUGAGGAGACCGACGUCACCGCUGGCGCCCGCCCCGCCGGAUUUACCGCCCCCGCGACCACCCGAGGAACCUCCAAUCGUGGACACAGGUGGACCGGUGAGUGGUCCAGCGCCCCCGCCGCCUUCGCCCCCAGUUCUUGCUCCUGCAAAUCUGCCGCCAGUUAUCAAGCCUUUUCUCAAUGGAGAUGCGUAUACGACGAUGGGCAGCAAAAUGCCGCGAUCGCCGUCACCGCCCCCAGAGCCAUUACCGCCGCCGCCUCCUCUACACGAUACUCAGGAGUUGCAGAUCAACGCCAUAUUGCAGGGCAUUGCUGCAGAGAACAAUUCUCAUUCUAGACCUGCCAAGCGGAAAAAAAAGACCGAAAAGCCGCCACCACCGCCACCUCUGGUAACCCCACCGCAGCCAUCGCGGAAAGAACUAGCCGAUAUCAAGAAGCACAACCUCGACGUCCGUACAGAAGUUUUUAGGGCGAUACGAAGACCGGGAAAAGAUUACACGAAACUGUUCGAACAUUUAAAACAAUUGAAAGGUGGUGUGGAUAUAAAAAAGGAAGUGAUACGAGACGUUAUAAACGAAUCGCUCAGGUUCAAGAGAAAGGCUCUCGCAAAUCUACUAGAAGACUUCUUAGCAGGACUUGAGAAGAACGGCAAUAGUGCUUCAGUAGGUAUGAAGAGAAUGGCCAAUGCCCUCUACGGUAAUACGAAUAACAAUCACAGCUAG